UAAUACGAUUUUUUGUUACAGAAUGGUAACGUGUUAUGCUCAGAUGGUUGUCCAAGCACCGAAGGAUGUCACAUGCUCGUCGAAGAUCGUUGCUGCAAGAAAAAAUGUAAAGGUUGUUUUUACGACAAUGUCUAUCAUCCUAGCGAUUCAGAAUGGACGAGUCCGAAGGAUCCUUGUACUAUUUUGAGAUGUGAAGCUGCAAUCGUUACUGUGUCGCAACUUCGAUGUCAUACGCCUUGUUCGAAUCCCUUGCCUCCUGAGAAGGGAAAGUGUUGUCCUACGUGUCCAGAAUGUAGAAUGAACGACCAAAUAGUGACAGAUGACAGAGACGUCAUAUCGGAUGAUCCAUGUUUAAAAUGCCGAUGUAACAGCGGAAGAAUGAUUUGUUCCAAAAAAGCAUGUCCGGUUCUGCAAUGUACCCCAUACAGACAAAUACACCUCCCCGGAGAAUGCUGCCCCAAAUGUCAGGGAACCAGAGCCCUGCUGAUGCCGAAAAAUACCUGUACAGUCCGAAAUGUAUUUUUGAAGCAAGGAGAAUCAUUGAGCGAGGACAAAUGUACAAAUUGCACCUGCAAUAAUGAAACGUCCGUCUGCAAACGUUACACAUGUCCAAUUUUGGAUUGCGCUCCAGAUUUACAGAAACAUGUAAUAGGAAGUUGCUGCAAGAAAUGCGAGCUACCAGAAGAAUUCAAAUCGGAUUGUUAUCUGGAUAGUAAAUUGUAUCAGGAUGGUGAACAAUGGAAGUUAGGAGAGUGCAAAUCAUGCAUCUGUCAGAGAGGUACUACUCGCUGUGCUAUAACCCGCUGUAACACUACUUCCACCACUUGUGCAUACGGAACCAAAUUCCAAAAAUUGCCAGGAGAAUGCUGCCCAAGAUGUGUUGAACUUGAUGGAGCUUGCAUGGUAUUCGGAGAUCCACAUUACAAAACAUUCGACGGUAAAAUAUACACUUUCAAAGGCAUAGGAAAAUACCAACUGGCAGCCGAUUGCAACAACCACACUUUCUUCGUAAGAGUCGCCAAUACCUUAGUGGAUAACUCCUCUUCGACCAGACGGGUGUCUAUCAAAUACAUGAACGUCCGUUUAAAUCUUCAGCAAAGGGGUCGGAUCAAAUUCAACGGAUCACUCAUAUCGCCACCCUUCAAAGUAGACGGAAGAUUCAAAGCAGAAAAAAAGAAGGAUAACUCAUCCGUCGAGAUACUUUUAAAUAACGGCGUGAAAAUUUUUUGGAAUUUCAAGAGUUUUGUAGAGGUGACCGUACCGCCCAGCAUGAAAAAUAAAGUGUGUGGUUUGUGUGGCAAUUUCAAUUUUGAAGUACAAGAUGAUCUGACAACAAAAUCUGGAAAGGUUGUGUCUGAUAAAGAAAUUUUAGCCUUCGGUGCUUCCUGGUGCUUGGGAAAAAAGACGGAAUGUGCAAAGAAAAUUCGGCCGCAGAAAGUUAUGAAAUCUAUGAAGAAGAAUGCUUGCAGACACUUUAAUAGCGACACAUUUUCGUCGUGCCAUUCGAAGUUAAACUUUAGCAAGUACUUCAAGGCUUGCAAAAUGGAUAUGGAUCAUUGUAAGGGACGCAAAAAGUGCUACUGUGAUAGUCUGAUGGCGUAUGCCCGAGAAUGUGAUAGGCUUGGUGUUGAACUCCAGAAUUGGCAAAAGCACACUUUCUGCGAUCAAGGCGAUACGAGGAACCUAAAGAAUCGACCUGGACGCUUCCACAAACCCCAACGGAACGAGCAGGCGUUGCUUCUUAAACGGUUGCCCAAAGUACUGAACAGAACGAGAAGUAACUCGAUGGGUGUUCCCCUAACUUAA